GCUGAUUCGAUUAAUUGAGUGUCGAAUGUGCGCACGGUGGAUCGACAGUCUCUUUCACGUGUGCGUGUGACACGUCAUUCAGUAGCUCGAGUACGGAAGUGUUUCCACGGACCUGCCAUCCGACAGACUGCGCUACUAAAGUACUUCAUCCACCAUGGGGGGCUUCUUUUCCAGCCUCUUCUCAGGCCUGUUUGGCACCAGAGAAAUGAGAAUCCUCAUUUUAGGCUUGGAUGGAGCUGGAAAAACCACCAUAUUAUACAGACUUCAAGUGGGAGAAGUGGUCACCACUAUUCCUACAAUUGGUUUUAAUGUGGAGACUGUGACUUACAAGAACUUAAAGUUUCAAGUGUGGGACCUCGGUGGACAGACGAGUAUCAGGCCGUACUGGCGGUGUUAUUACUCCAACACAGACGCAGUGAUUUACGUCGUGGACAGCAGUGACCGUGAUCGGAUGGGCAUCUCCAAAUCUGAGCUGGUGGCCAUGUUGGAGGAGGAGGAGCUGAAGAAAGCCAUUCUGGUGGUGUUUGCAAACAAGCAGGACAUGGAGCAGGCCAUGACGCCCACCGAAGUGGCUAACUCUCUCGGCUUACCUGCGCUCAAAGAUAGGAAGUGGCAGAUCUUCAAGACGUCUGCUACUAAAGGCACAGGCCUGGAUGAGGCAAUGGAAUGGUUGGUUGAGUCACUGAAGAGCCGGCAGUAAAUGCACUCGCUGAGACAUCUUGUAAAUAGGAACUUCAGAGACUUCUUAUUGGGUGUCCUUUGGACCAGUGACUGCAUUCUUCCUGUUGUGUGAAGGCCGUCCUGUUUUCCCAUGUAGUACAGAGACGUUGAGCGGCAUUGAAUGAACUCUCUACCGACGCUUGUGUUUUUGGUCAACCGUAUCCACUACAUUUGUGAUUUCAGAGGUGUUUUUUUUUUACAUUUAGCCUGAUUCGGAAUAAUCAUUGCAGCUCAGUUUAGUAUUUUGUGGGUAGCUAUUUAUGACUAACUGUCAUUUGUAUGCUUUGACUUUGUAAUGGCAUAUUUAUAUUUGCACAAGUACAGGGGCGUGCACUCCUGUGAAAUAAAUAUGCGGUCAACAUGUAUUGAAUCACCAAUAACA